AUGAUCUCUACUGCUUGUCGGAGAAGAAUACGAUCAGUGGCAUUGCUUAUUAUUUGCAUAGUUGGCACUUGUGCAACGAACGCCUUUGUCUUUCCAAAGUCCACCAGCAGUAACCUCGUAAGGAAUCAAGACAGCACGGUCAUCGCCAACCAUUUGGAGAAAUAUUCAGCAGCCAGCAAUACGCGACUAUCAUCAACGCUUCCCCAAACGAUUUCACAGCUGUCGAAUCCAGCUUCAGCGUUCACUCAAAUGACAAGCAGUGUGCAAGGAAUCCCAGCAAUUGCAUACUUUCUUGUAUUGUGUUCAGCAGGAUUUGGUGUUCCAGUCAGUGAGGAUCUCCUUUGUAUAUUUGCUGGCACUAUGCUUCCAAUUGCAAAGAUUCAAAGUCCAGCACGACGAAUCAGAUUGAUAACGGCAUUAUAUCUUGGUGUGGUGAUUAGUGAUUUGAUUACCUUUUCAAUUGGCCGAAUGAUGAAAGUUGGUCUCUUGGAGCCAUUGCGAAAUCGAAUGAGUCUUGGUGAGGAGCAGCCAAUAACUUCUGACAAAGAGGGCGUAAUAGGUGCUGUGACCAGCACCGGAAGCAAUGGAGAAGUCAAAUUGGGCAAGAGGGAUCGAGUGCUUCAAAAGUUAGAAUCUGUUGGUGAUUGGGCAGGCUUCUAUGCUCGCAUGUCGGUUGGAUUUCGCCCCGCAAUGAUGAUCCUCGCUGGAUUCUCGGGAAACGUAUCCUUUACCAAGUAUACUCUGGGUACAGCAGGUGGAGCUGUCAUUAGUCUGGCAGCACAGUUGUUGCUGGGGUAUUCCAUGCGGCACAAGCCCUCCGAUAUUCUGGCACUUUCGUCAAAGCUAUUGGUCGUGGCUCCUGCUGUUCUCAUUAGCGGAUUUGCAAUCUUUUUGAUUCGGCAAGGAAAUUCAAAAAAGUUUCCGACACUGGGCACGGAGGAAGCCACUACUACUACUAGCACAACUACUACCAUCGACAAACGGACUUCGACAACCAAGCGACAAUGA